AUGGCGUCUUCACCAGCAGCGAGCCUGGGAUCGCCCAGUCUCCCUCACAUCUCCCUUCCGACCAUGAAUACCACUGAACAGGGUGCUCAUGCAGAACAUCCUGCUGGCUUUGGCUCGACGCUUAUAUCACUUAUCACAUUUGUUCCUGGGGCGCUGUUCUGGCUGAUCACAUUCACUACCAUCACCCUCCCAACAUGGUUGUUCACUCUUUUCUCCAUGAGUCUCACUUUCACCAUGAAUUUCACGACUCUGCUGUUGAUCUUUCUCGUAUUAGCCUCAACCAUCAGCUGGUUCAUCCGCUAUCGCUACCUCAAUGUCUACGCACGUUUACCAGAAGAACCCAAACGAAAAGAGCCGCAGAUAGACUUGUUUCCUGAUACCCAAGAUGGAGACUCGAAACCAGGGCUGGCAAAUUAUCUGGAUGAAUUCCUCAGUGCCAUAAAGGUGUUUGGAUAUUUGGAGCGGCCGGUCUUCCACGAGUUGACCCGGACAAUGCAGACUAGGAAACUCAUUGCCGGGGAGACAUUACUGCUCGAGGAAGAGAAGGGGUUCUGUCUGGUAGUCGACGGCCUCGUGCAAAUCUUUGUCAAGUCGUUUAAAGAGGAGUCGGAGCAUAAUUACAAUGGUCAAUACGGUGUCUUCAACGACGACGAAAGCUAUCAUGAGGGCAACCAGGGAUAUCAGUUACUGACCGAGGUCAAGAACGGGGCUUCAAUGUCGUCGCUCUUUUCAAUACUAUCCCUAUUCACCGAAGACAUAAAGCUGCGCCAUGACGACCAAAUCAACCCUUUGUCAAGAUUUGCCAAUUCCAUGUCUCAUACCCCUGAAUCAGUUGUGACAAGCCCUACCACCCAGCCGACGACGCCCGGGAUGGGCCGAGAAGAGCCGGCCAAGUCUAGGCUGCCCACAGUACCCCCGCUCACCCUGGGCGCUGCCUUUGAUGAGCGCCGAUUUCAGAAGGAGCAAGAGAAGUCCAAGCCGGCCUCCUCGGCUCAUCCAGAUAUUGUCGCCAGGGCAGUGGUGGAUACAACGAUUGCCAUCAUCCCCGCGAGUGCUUUCCGUCGCUUGACCAGAGUAUAUCCCAAGGCCACUGCACAUAUAGUGCAGGUCAUACUGACACGGUUGCAUCGUGUCACUCUCUCGACGGCACAUCACUACCUCGGCUUGACCUCGGAGGUGUUACAGAUUGAGAAGUUGAUGAACAAGUACACCAGCCAUGAUCUGCCAAAUCAUCUCCGGGGCGAUGCACUGGACCGGCUGCGAGACAAAUUCGCAAAGGAGCGAGAUCGAAUCGGGCCGGAGGAAGGGAUGAAAGGGAUUGCCUUGCACAAUCCGAGGGCGAACCGGAGGAGGUCUUCAAGUGGCCUUCGACGCGAAGCAGCCACGGCGGCCAGGCUCGCUACAACGAGAGCAAUGUCGUCUUCAUCAGCCCGACCAGCUCGUCCUCUCUCGGGAGUUGGCGACAGGAAUGUGAGCUCUGGCGAUCUCCACGAAAGCGGCAGGCUCAGCCAGAGGCCGACCAGCAUCCACAUGCCCGCAACCUCGAGUUCUGCUAUCAUAGGAGUGCCAGAAGCAUCAAGGACAGAAGUGAUCAGUCCCCUGACGAGCCGCGAGCCGCCACUGUCGAGACCGUUCGCGGCCGACGUGCCUCACCUGCAAGAGUCCAACAGUGAAGACAGUCUCUUCCGGGAAUCCGUCCUGGAAUGCGUGGCCAAGGCACUGGGCCUGAGUGAUGCCAUCAAUCAGACCGUCAGGAAAGGACCGGCUUCUGUGGAGCAGUCUCCCCGCCUGAUCUCUUAUGAUGCAAGAAGGCAAACGGCCAUAUUCAGUAACGCGUUUGGUUUUAUCGACCCCUACGAGGAUUCUGUGGAUGGUGAUUCCGAAACCGCCUCCGCGUCGGCCGUCAGUGUUGGUGGCGCAGUCCAGGGGAAGACGUUGAACGAAGAACUGAUAGAUGACGUGGAGAUCGUUUUCUUCCCUAAAGGGUCGGUGCUGGUCGAACAGGGCGAACGCAAUCCAGGUCUCUACUAUGUGAUUGAUGGCUUCCUGGACGUGAGCAUCCCUGUCGAAGAGAAGGAAGACAGAAAUAUCACACAGCCGACGAACGUUCGAAAAGGAUCGGGCGAAGAUUCCCGCCCCCAACUUCGAAGAACUAAGACCGCCGCCUCCCGUGCAUCGUCUGUCCCCGGUGUCCGUGGCCAGCCGAGAGAGGGCAGAAGGAUGGUACAGAAGUCUUUGUUUUUGGUCAAGCCUGGCGGGCUUGCCGGCUACGUUGGCACGCUGUCCUCUUACAGAAGCUUCACAGAUGUCACCGCGAAGACGGAUGUCUAUGUUGGCUUUCUGCCCCGGUCGUCCUUGGAGAGAGUGGCGGAGAAAUAUCCCGCCGUGUUGCUCACGAUGGCCAAAAGACUCACUAGCCUCCUUCCUCGCUUGAUACUACAUAUUGACUUUGCUCUGGAAUGGGUCCAAGUCAACGCCGGUCAGGUCAUCCACCAUCAAGGAGACGAAAGUGACGCCAUCUACAUCGUGCUGAACGGUCGGCUAAGGGCCAUUCGUGAGCAGGAAGGCGGAAGCAUGACAGUAACCGGGGAAUACGGUCAAGGGGAGAGCAUUGGUGAACUGGAAGUCAUGACAGACGCAACGAGGUCGGCGACUCUUCAUGCCAUUCGGGACACCGAAUUGGCCAAGUUCCCGAGGACUCUGUUCAACAGCCUGGCGCAGGAACAUCCCAACAUCACCAUUCAAAUAUCCAAGUUGAUAGCGCUGCGGAUGCGAGCGCUCCUCGAAGCACCUCUGGCAGAGACGGGCCAAGAGCUAGGCAAAGCGGCUCGCACCGACUCAGCCACGUCGAGUCUGAAUCUACGCACGAUUGCAGUUCUGCCGGUCACUGCUGGAGUCCCCGUUGUCGAAUUCGGCAAUCGGUUACUGGCAGCUUUGAGUCAGGUGGGUGUGCCCAGUGGCGUCUCAUUACUCAACCAGGCCAUCAUUUUGAGCCAUCUGGGCCGCCAUGCCUUCAGUCGAAUGGGCCGGCUGAAGUUAUCACAAUAUCUCGCCGACCUCGAGGAACGAUAUGGCAUGCUCCUCUAUAUUGCCGACACCAACGUGAACGCACCGUGGACCCAGACCUGCAUAGCACAGGCCGAUUGUAUCCUGUUGGUGGGGUUGGCGGAGAGUUCUCCUGCCAUUGGUGAGUUUGAGCGGUUUCUGCUUGGAAUGAAGACAACGGCGCGCAAAGACCUCGUUCUCCUGCACAUGGAUCGAUAUACUCAGCCUGGCCUGACACGGAAGUGGCUGAGGAACCGGAUGUGGAUCAACGGUGGGCAUCAUCACGUUCUGAUGCCGUUCCGUGUGAGUCCCGAAGCCACGCCCCAUGCUCAGCCCAGACGUCUUGGUUCGGCGAUCAGACAGCGAGUGCAAGUCAUCCAGGCGGAAAUCCAGAAAUAUACCUCUCGAAGAGUCCGACAAGCGCCGCUGUAUUCCGUCGACAAACCCUUCAAAGGCGAUCUUCACCGACUCGCCCGUCGUCUUUGUGGCAAGUCGGUUGGCCUUGUGCUUGGUGGAGGGGGAGCUCGCGGCAUUGCUCACGUGGGCGUGAUCCAGGCUCUUGAGGAGGCCGGGAUACCGAUUGACAUCGUCGGUGGUACAUCGAUCGGUGCAUUCAUCGGCGCACUCUACUCUCGCGACGCCGAUGCUGUUCCCAUGUAUGGACGGGCCAAGAAGUUCGCCGGUCGGAUGGGUAGCAUGUGGAGGUUCGCCCUCGAUCUGACCUACCCGUCCGCGGCAUACACGACAGGACACGAGUUCAAUCGGGGCAUCUUCAAGACGUUUGGCGAUUCGCAGAUCGAGGAUUUCUGGCUUUCAUUCUACUGCAACACCACCAACAUCAGCAAAUCGCGCGCAGAAAUCCAUACAUCCGGCUACGCGUGGCGGUACGUCAGAGCAAGCAUGUCUCUCGCCGGCUUGAUCCCGCCUAUUUGUGACGAAGGCAGCAUGCUACUCGACGGUGGCUACAUGGACAACUUGACAGUUUCGCAUAUGAAGAGCCUGGGUACCGACCUCAUCUUCGCCGUCGACGUGGGCAGUCUGGACGACGACACGCCCCAGCAGUACGGUGACACGCUCUCGGGUUUCUGGGCUCUCUGUAACCGGUGGAACCCGUUCUCUUCGACUCCAAAUCCGCCCACGCUCAGUGAUAUCCAAGCUCGCCUGGCCUAUGUUAGUUCUGUGGACGCGCUGGAGCGAGCCAAAGCCACGCCGGGGUGUCUGUACAUGCGGCCGCCGAUCGAUGCCUAUGCUACCUUGGACUUCGCCAAGUUCGACGAGAUCUAUGACGUUGGAUAUACGUAUGCCAAAGAAUACCUCGUCCGCUUGAAGAACGAUGGCGAGUUGAAGGGAGUCAUUGAGAUGUGGGCCGGCAACAAUGGCGACGAGGAUAAAGGGUUGUUGAGAGCCAUGGCGCCUAGGAGAGCGAGUAUCUGA